AUGCUUAAAAACAACAUGGUGGUCAGUAAAGCUUUCCAUUUGAACUGGAAGGAUAUUAUGUCUGUCAAACCUGCUCCAAAUUUGAAAGAAGCUGGAGUACUUUUGUUACACUAUAUUUCCCAUGCAACUAACAAAAUUUUACUUGUCAAGACUCUUCAAAUUCAAGGCAUAAGGAAUUGUGAUCAAUGGAUUGAUCUGAUAAAUCACCAUAUUUCAGUUUCAGGGCGGCCGAAGAGACUUUUUGUUGUCAUUAAUCCAAUCGGAGGUGCUGGUAAGGGCUUACAUGUCUAUUAUGACACAGUUGAACCUUUAUUCAAACUUGCCAGCAUUGAGACAAGUGUGAUUGUGACAGAGAGAUCUAAACAUGCUCUAAAUAUUGCUGAAAGUACAGAUUUUUCUCAUUUUGAUGGCAUUGUCAUAGUUGGUGGUGAUGGACUUUACCAAGAGAUACUUCAGGGACUUACUGUACAAGUACAAAAGAAAGAUGGAGUCAAUUAUAAUCAUUGUGACCAAGAAUUACAUAAAUUGAAUGUGCCAUUAGGGAUCAUUCCUGCCGGUACAGGUAAUGGUGUUACGCGCAUGAUUAAUGGAGUUAUUGAUGUAAGAACUGCUGCUCUUAAUAUUAUCAGAGGUGAACACCACAGAGCUCAGGUUUUUACAGUGUAUAACAACAACAAAUUGCUGUGUGUAUGUGGUCUUAUAUUUGCUUACGGAAUGUUCUCUGAUUUGAUCAAGAGAACAGAUGAGUUAAGAUGGAUGAAAAGAUUGAGAUAUCCAUUUGCUAUAAUUGGGACACUAAUGAAAAGAAAAAGAAUGUUUCAAGCAGAACUUCAUUAUCGAUUAUCUGUUUUAGAUUCAAUGAAUGAAGGAUCAAGUCUUGCUGUCUGUAUGACAUGGCAACAAGCCAUUGGUCUAAAUUGCCCAAAAGUUUCUGAUGUUGCAGAAUGGAUGACAAUUGAGCCUGCAAUACAAGACUACUGUUGUAUUUAUGCUCUUCCAUUUGAGUUGAUUCCUAAGGACAAUCACAAUAUUGUGAAUCCAUAUGGUCAACAUGUCCAACUUAUCGUAUGCACAGGGUGUAGUAAGCUGGCUGUGUUCAAAAGUUUUUUUGAUUUUUUAAUGGGAAAAACUAUCACUAGUAAACCUGGCAGUCUUGAGGUCAUCAAGAAUAUAAGAGACUUUAAACUUAAGGCUGUUUAUGGUAUCCAGGAUAGAUCAUCUAGUCAAGAUGUUAGGAAUACAGCAUUAGAUCAUUUAAUUGAUGUUGAUGGUGAAGUUUUGAAUUUGGAAACAGACGAAAUAAUUGUCAGGCUUCAAAAUUCUUUUGUUCCACUUUUUGGCUGCAGAUUGUUGGAAGGGCACCAGCAGUAAAAGUCUUUAAGUUUACUUCAUGGAAAAUAAUAUUUGCUUUCUUUUUUAAUUCAUAUUAUAGCUAUCUUUAAAUGCUGUAUAUGAUUACAAUGGAUAUAAUUUUUUAUUGUUACAAUUAUAAAGCUAGUCCAAUUUACUUUAAAUAUGAUAUGAUUUUUUUUGCAAUUUUCGUUGUAAAAGAUAUACAUCAGUUUAUUCCUCAUUUUUUUUUUCAAUGCAUCAAGGAAAAGUAAUGUAGAUGCAGAUUUAAACUUUGUUAUUCACAGAAAUAUUUAGCAUUUCAAUUACUAUGAUUAAUUUCCAGUAUUUAUAAGUUAAAAGAAAUCAUAGAGUUUAAACAAAUAUAUAUAUUAUAUUAUUAUAUUUAAUUCAUAUUAUAGCUAUCUUUAAAUGCUGUAUAUGAUUACAAUGGAUAUAAUUUUUUAUUGUUACAAUUAUAAAGCUAGUCCAAUUUACUUUAAAUAUGAUAUGAUUUUUUUUAUUAAUACAUCUUGAUUAUCUUGCAAUUUUCAUUGUAAAAGAUAUAUAUACAUCAGUUUAUUCCUCAUUUUUUUGUUCAAUGUAUCAAGGAAAAGUAAUGUAGAUGCAGAUUUAAACUUUGUUAUUCACAGAAAUAUUUAGCAUUUCAAUUACUAUGAUUAAUUUCCAGUAUAUAUAAGUUAAAAGAAAUCAUAGAGUUUAAACAAAUAUAUAUAUUAUACGGUAACUAGUUAAGCAAUGUAAUUUCUCACAAUAUUAUAUAUUUAUAUAUAUAUAUAUAUUUUUAUGCAGCAAAUAUAUGUAAAAUACUUUAUACACUCUAGUUGUUUGUACAUGUUUUACAUGUUUUGGUUGUUUCUCCAGAGUUGAAGAUAAUUUAAUUCCUAGUCCAAACCUCCUGCAGGAUGACAGGGAUGGGAGCAGGCAGGGUUUGAACCCGAGACCAUCGUUAAGUCCGAACGACAGUCCAGCGCGCAAACCGCAUGACCAGGCAGCCAUCUUAGUUGCCUUUAUGACUAAAAUGAUGAAUAUAACAUUUUCAAUUUAUUAAGUUGUAAAUCUAAAGAUGUUUUUAGUAGUCUUAAUUGUAAUUAUUUUUUAUGUAAUGUUCUAAUUAUUGUAAUCUAUGAAAUCACACAUAUAUGUAUUAACAUCAUUCUGUGCCAUUUAAAAAAAAUGUUGGCUUGUUUUCUAAGCUAGCAGAGAUGUUUGUACAAUAUUUUAUUUUUUAAAAAGGCAGCUGUUUUUUUUUUGUAAAGUUUCUUAAAUCAUUUAUAGAAAAAUUAGCUUGCAGUGAAAAAUUAAGAUCAAAUAUUUUUAUUUUAUUAUCAAAUUUGGUUCUUUUAAAAUGUGUCUAUAUUUGUGAAUUCCUCAUCCUACCCAAUUUCAGAGAGAGGCUAUUAUAUAUAGAGUGCAGUUGUGAAACUAAAUUUAGAUUUAGGUCUUUCUUAAAUGAAUGAUUGACACAGAUGAAGACAUUCAGUAUGUCUCCACCAUGUUGAUACUACCCAUUUUUCUCACUUGAAAAUGAAUAUACUUUUCUGAACAGAACUCCAUAUAAUUUUUCUAUAGACCAAGACGGAUUUCUAUAAAAUAUUUUGCUUAUUUUGAAGAUCAUCUUCAAACUAUCAGUCACAUGCAUGUGCACUAUAUGUGCCUUGAAUGACUCAUCAGUAAAUAUCUGUUGGUAAAGCCUAUAUUUGUUGCCACUUUGUCCUACCCUUUUCUUUAUAGCACCUCAUUCUUUUUACCAUACUAUGAUGAAGUGUGUGCAUUGAAUAAUGCAUUUCUGCAUGCCAUAAUUCAAGAAAUUACUUUUCAUAUCUCUGGCAGGCUACUUUUUUUUUUUUA